CCGUGUGCGGGUCGGGUCGGCCCUUUGCGAAUAAGUGCGUCGUGCGCGGCUUUUUGGAAGUCCUGUCGUUUCUCUCUCCCUUCUCUCCGAGAGAGAGAGAGAGAAUUUCUUCUGUUGUGGCGGCGGGGUUCGUGAUUUUUUUUUCACUCGCGUGAGAGGCACCGGCUCCCCCGUAAAAACCAGCGGCUGCUAGCACGCGCGCGUGUGCGCGCUUUGCCGGAUAGAUUGUUGUGGUGCGCUUCUUCAGCGGCGUGCGCGCGUUGUGAAAAGUGCGCGCACUACGAUGGCAGCCUCUUCGGCUGCCUUGGUGCGGCAACGUUGUCGUGCUCGCAUGGGAUGCACUGUGUCGCCGCCGCUUCCUCUGGAGACCGUUGCCGGUGACGCCAAGCAUUCGUGGAUUCGAUGCGUAGUCGUCGUGCUGUGCCUGCUAGUCCCGAGCGUCGCCUCGUCGUCGCAUCUGCCCCUGCUGUCGGGCACCCUGAAGACGUUCCAGAAGUUCGCCUGCGACGGCCAGGAGCUGCAGCUGCGCUGCUUCCGCAACACGAGCAUCUCCAUCUCGGUGGCUCAGUACGGGCGAUCCGUGCCCUACCACAUGCUUUGCCCGCCGCCGUCGCACGAGGAAGGGGGCGCUGCGAGCGCCAGACCGGCUCAAGAGUACAACGGCAGUGUCGAGUGCAUCGCCAAGGAGGCACUGAGGGUGGUUGAGGCAGCAUGCCGGGAAAAAGAAGAGUGCACGGUCAAGACGGACGCCAAGUCGUUCAUGGUGGACCCAUGCCCAGGUGUGCACAAGUACGCCGAGGUCGCCUUCAAGUGCCGGCCGACCACGUUUUCGAACCGGAUAGUGUGUGAGAACGACGUGCUCAACCUGCGCUGUCACAAGAACCUGCGCAUCGUCAUCUACUCGGCAAACUUCGGCGGCACCGAGAAAGGCGUACCCGAAUGUCCUCAAAGGCAAGACGUGAAGCUAUCCGAGUGCCAGGUGAGCUACGCGACCGAAACGGUGCUGACCACUUGCCACGGACGGCGCAAAUGCACGGUGGCAGCGGACAUGGGUACCUUCGGGAAUCCCAGUUGCCAUAAGGACUCCCGCCUCUUCCUGAAGGUUGUUUACACCUGCGUGCCGAAAGAGAUACUGAAGGACUUAGAUAUCGGUGGCAGUGACUCGGCCAAGGACAAACUGGACGAAGACGAGGAAGGAUACGUGGAGGAGGCGCGCUACCAGCCGUCUACUUUCAGUCCUGCCGGUGGCCUGUACGCAUCGGCAAAGCCUUUGCCAGCUGUGCCGAUGGACCGAAACUUGUUACCAGUGCCAACGAACAAGAAGAGCGACGUGCAGAGUGACAGGACCGCCGAGGAUGAAAAACACGUUAACUGCACGUUAGGAGGCAACGGCCAUCGGGCUGUCGGCUUCGUCACCGAAUGGGUAGCUGCCUACAAGUUUAUACGAGCGAACAAGGAGAAAUUCAUUCUCUACGUGACGCUCAGCGUGGGCUGCGGCGUGGUCGCAUUCCUCGUGGUGCUGUCAGCUCGACUGUACGUGCAGCGACGCCGGGACCGACAGCGGGCGAAGGCCAAGUGCUCGGAACCGCUGUCGUGCUCCUUCGACGACUCUGAUGGUGGCGGCGGUGGGGACCAGUUCGACGUCACCGGCACCGCGGGCCGUCACGCCCACACCAUAGAAGUGGUGCGGUACGCCAACCGGUCCGGCAUGCGUCGCCAGGACAGCGACACGAAUCCGCGGGCUCCCAUGUCGCGGUCCAUGAACAACUACUACUACAGCUAGUGGUAAUCGGCCGGGGAGGUGACACGUUUCGCGCUGCCCUGUUUUUUUCCUUUAUCCUUUCCUCGUCUGGUCACCCCCUCGAGCCGACGAUGUGCGCGCACAGUCAGGAUCACGUAGAUGCCAAAGAUUAACUAUACAGGCUGGAAUGCAACUGAACAGAUUUCGCGUCUGUGUGUUGGCACCCAGCCGAGAUUGUGACUUUUCGAGUCGGCAGUGGUGGGGUCCUGCAGCUUGGCGAUCGUUUCUGCGGGAACCCAGCAAGUCGUCCGUAUCUCCCUGCGUACAACGGCGCAAGAGGAACCACAGAGCGAGGCCUUGGAAGACGGAACAAGUGACCAGUGCUUUGCGGGUGUUAUAACUGUCCGCGGCUGUUGCGUCGGCACGCCAUCGCCUACUUCAGAGGGCACUGUGGCCAAUGGUAUUUGUACAGAAACGACAACGUAACAGUGCCCGCUGGUUCCACCUGUGAGUAAUUGAAGAACAGCAUCAGUAUGUGGAGUUUACACGAGUGUUUAACUGCUGCUGGCGAGUUUGCUUUCUUUUUUCCGCCGGCCGAAUAGCGUUGACGGAGUGCACAGAACAUAUGUGAAAGUCUUGUGUGUUUGUAAGAACUUUGAUUGGACCUGCUCACUGACAGUCACCGGCUGUUACCGGCAGUGCCAACUCACUGGGCCGAAGGAGGCUUGGAGUGGGUUUUCGAGUUAGUGGUGCUCUUGCAAAGCUAAAGGCAUCAGGUGAAGAUCCCUCUUAUCGCCAUGUUGAGUUUCAAUUAUUUUGUGCAAAGGCCACACCAGACUGUUGUGAAAGUGACAGACGCGACAUGAUUUGUCGGCAUUUUCUUUCACAACUUCCCCUUUCCCCCUUCUGUUGCUAUUCUGUUCCUAGAAACGCCACAGUUUUGUGUGCCGUAAGAUUUUUGCUUUCAGGAGUGUGCAAUCUCUUUUGUUUGUUAAUUUUGACGACAAAUGUAUUCGAAAAUUAAUCAUAUUUGUCUAAGCAUGCUUUUUUUUAACGGCAAAAUGCCGCUAGCUUAGCAAGGGAAUGUGAACUGGAGACUGCCCUUCCCGUUUGUGUUAUCAAAUAGUCAAAAGGAACAGGAAUAACGGAAAUUCUCUACUGUGCUGUUGCAGACAGACGACCCCAAUUAUACGUAUGAAAGGUUGCAAAAUUUUGUCACAUUAAUUCAUAUUAACUUGAUAACCGUUGAUAUGCGUUGCAGUGUUGGGCUGCUAAGCACGAGGUCGCAGGGAUCGAAUCCCGGCCACGGCGGCCGCAUUUCGAUGGGGGCAAAAUGCAAAAACACCCGUGUGCUUAGAUUUAGGUGCACGUUAAAGAACCCCAGGUGGUCGAAAUUUUCCGGAGUCCCCCACUACGACGUGCCUCAUAAUCAGAUCGUGGUUUUGGCACGUAAAACCCCAUAAUUUAAUUUAUUUUUAUAUGCGUUGCACUAAGACGCGCCUUACUUUUUAUUGUUAGAUUCGGAAGAACUGAUUGUUUUCUUUUGCACUGUAGAAAAAAAGGACAUGCCCUGUUUUAUGCAUUCAUUUCAAGAAUUACGGCGUAUAUUUGAACAGUACCUAAUGUAGGGGCUUCAUCCUAAUGUCUCUCGAACAACUCUGACAUUAUGUGUCUCAUUCUACGGAUAUUGGUGUGUCUGACAUGGCUUGUGUAGAGAGUUCCACGUUUAUUGAACUAUGACCUUGUUUCGGACAACUACAUCAAAUGGGUACUUCAACUAGGGCCUACUAGCCACCUGUCUUUUAACACCAUCUUGUCAUCUGUUAUGUGCUGAGGUAUACUCAUGUGUCUUGCAUACCAGUAGGUUUUUUUUUUUGUGUACGUUGUUAGUGCUUCCACAUAUCUUAUUUACACGCAUUCUGUUCGCAUGAUCACCUUGUUAUAGACCCACUAGACUAAUAAGAAAGCAAACGGGUAAAUGUGCACCAUUUAACUGAAAACACCCCACCAUUCACGAAGAAAGUGUACGUUGUUAAAGGCGGAUUUCGGCAAGUCGGGCGUAGGUAUAGGCAGAGCACGUAUGUGUCCUUCUUAUGCUUACCCUACCUCAGCACGUCUCACGGACGCACGUAACCCCAACUUCGUUCAUUUGUGUGCAACGUUGCUGCAUUUUGUCCCAUGUGUGUACCCAUAGGAAUAGAUCGUUUUUCAAAUCUGCUUUACAGUGAAGCGGUACAGAAGCUCUGUGUAGCAGGUUUUACUGCUUAACCAUGGGGCACGGGGCACCCUGAGGGAUCACCUUUCCGGCAGAGUACAAAGGGAUUGGUACCAAAGGUUGAGGUUGUAGCAGGCCUGGUGGCUUGCUUUCACAUGUCGUCGCUUCUGUUCAUUGCGAGCCGAACGACGAAGAAAUGGUCUGUAGCUUUGUAGGAAUAUUUAUUCAGGCCAAUACCUGGCAAAUCGCCUGCAUGAAAUGUUUGAGCUGAGCAUCGUUUAUUUUAGUGGGUGUUCACGUAUAGGUGAGAAUGCUGACAUUUGUUUCCCAGGAGGCUUAUGUUGCCGAGUCAGCCUUCUAAGGUUGGCUCAAACAUGAGAGAUGAACUUUUGAGCCUAAAGUGCAGGAGCGUUUGUGAUGUGCAGUUAGGAGAUUUUAACCAGAUAGCUUCGUGAUUACUUCAGAUGGCAUAGCCUCCGGGACACUUUUGUCCGAAUUCUGGACGUCUGACAGAUACUAAGAUAUUUUUUUUCUUACAAACUUGCUCGAAGAUAUUGUCUCACACGAGUAAAGUAUUGAACUUCAGGGAACUGUGUAUUUCGAACCAAACAUAAUUUACAAACGGGCUUGUCAAGUCAUAGUUGUGUGCUUCGCCACAUGUAAUCUAAACUAUCCUUCAGGAGACAGAAACUUGGUUUAACCUGUGUCAGGAGACAUCGUUGUGUUUUUAUAGCUGAUUAUAACUUUUAAGGAACUCUCUCAAUGCAAAAGACGCCUUGAGCUCCAUCUAUUACAGGGCCAACGGCUUGCAUGCAUGAUUCAGCUUGCAAAAGAUGAGAUUUCAUUCGAUGACUGAUUUAGUAUGAGAGUAUCAGUAGUCUGUUGAAGUGGGGUAUGGUGGUAUAUUUCCUGCUAUAUAUAUUGACACGAGAAUGCUUUGUCCACAACCCUGUUUGCACGAUUUCGUUGUAGGUAUGCGCUGCACAAUGACGACUUGCAAGAUUCCAACCAGUAUUGUGCUGUGUCUUCUAUCUGUACAGAGUGCUCUUAUGUCUACGGCAUGUACAAUGUACGCGUAUGUUGUAAGUAUUCCUGUGUGGUGACGAUGAAUAGCUCCUGCACAUGGGCAUUUUUUGAUAGAAAUAUAUCGUGCUGCACAUCAAAAUGUUUAAUUUCAGUGACAACGGUUUGGUGCAAUCUCUGGUAUAGGUUCCCGUUUGCUUUUCGAUGUGUGUAUGGUGUCAGUGCUGUAAAGGUUGCCUAUUUUUGGUGAUGUUUAUACACACUUAUUUUUAAAAUUUGCAAAUGUAGGACUCUGGGCAUAAAACAAAUGCAAGCAAGUUUUAAAAUAAAUAGUCAAGUGAAGUUUAAUGUAUGAGGUGACACUAUAAUUGAGUGGCAAGUUCCGCAUUCAUGGAAACAUAUUAUAAUACUUGGAAUGAAAUGACUUAUGCUCCUGUUACAACUUUCCAAUUUGUUUAGAAACAGAAGAUUGAAUAACGCCUGUCUCUUCAAAGCCGUCAAUUUAAUUACGAGUUAACUUGUUUCUGGAAAUGCGGAGGGCCACUUUAAAGCUUCCGAUCAAAUCUCCACGGGAUAUAGAAUUUGGAUGUUACUGAAUUUUUUUUCUUCUUUAAUUUCGCAUGGGAUCUUUUUGCACCCCCCCCCCCCCCCCAAAAAAAAUAAUUAAAAAUGGAGAUUGGUGGAAAGGCAUGAACAAGGAUGCUGUAUUUUAGGUUUGUCGAGUUAUUUAUGAGUAGCUGGCCAAGUUCCUGUUUUCAUUGUGUUUUAUAGAUCUUUUAAAAAGCUGAGUAUUGGCAAUUUCAGCAAUCAGACUUUUGGGCUCUCUGCCGCAGAUGUGUUGUAAUGCAACACUUAUCUACAUUCUACAGCGUUCACCUACGGCGUACAUUAACCUGCUGCGGAGUCAUAACAUACGCAAUAGUCAAGUUUAACCCAGGGCCUAUCGGCUAUAAAACGCAAUACUGCUUUUGCACUUAAGGAGAUGCUAUUCGUCGUCUAGGCUUGUCACAAAUACAGUAUAACUCAAUUUAACAAGGGCAGUGUGCAGAAAUAAGUAUAAAGAACGUACGUAUUAUAAUUAUUUUUAUGAUUUUGAUGUUAUCCCUUACUUUUCUUGUAACCGCGUUAUCUGAGGUGGUGAGAUUGCACAAGUUUUUCGAUAGGACCUUUUCAAUAUUUUUUUUUAUGUUAUCGCGGCGUAUCCUGUAGAUUGCGUAUUGGAUAUGUGCACCACAGUGCAUGCUUUCUAGCACAAUUGAAGUUAUAAAUUGUAUUUUCUAACAACUCUGAACGAUUUCUGUAUUCAGUAGCUAAAGUAUCUUAAGUUGUUAGUACAGUUCGUAAAAUAUUGGUGUUUGUUCUCCCGGACUGGAUUUUCGUUCAUAAAUUUUGUAAUGGGGCGUGUGCAUGAUGCGAGCACUUUUCGUCACCACAUGUACCUAAGGCACAUCGCUGUUCAAAUUUUGUUUAUUUCUGAGUUCUAAACAGCUGAUUCGUUUUAAGGCAACUCAUAACUUAUCCAAACCACGAAAUCAAUUUUAUUCCACCUAGUUUUUAGGAUUAUGUUGAAACCUGGCGUCAAAGGUUGUUUUUUUAACACCUUUAGUCAUGGGCUCUCAACCGAUACGCCACUAUUGCAGUUAGAAUAGGCUAUUUGACGGAACAGAUAAUAAGGAAAUAAUGGAAUUGAAAAAAAAAGAUCCUCACAAAACGGCACGACUAUGCUCAUUGCCCUCGUUUUUUAAAAGAAUAAUUAGGUUUUAUUAUGGGCCAGUUUUGAUUCUACUAUGUUGCACCUCAGGGCAUCGUACUGAGAAUUUCAGUAGCGUUGUGGUAGGAUUCUUUCUUCAAAAGCGUUGAACCUAUUGUGCCAAAUAAUGAACGCACUGAACUGAAAUGCCCAUAGAAAUAUUUGCAUUCUAAUGACGCUGUCUUUAGAACGGGUAUUUCCUUUGUUGAUUUAUUUAUAAAGUGGGGUAAAAAUGAAUUUGCCUAAUGUACUGGCAUUGGAAAACAAGAAAUACGAUGAUUUUUUAAGUUGCACUUGGAAGUCGAGCUGCCAUUGCUUUGUAGCUUCUAGAAGACAGAGUUAACUACUUGUAUGAAAAUGCUCGAAAAGAAAGUGGCUGUUGAAGAAGAAUUGUACACUCACUAUUUAUAGCCGCAAAUGAGCCUGUAUUGAUAUUUUUUGCGUUCUUGUACAGUAUUUAUUGUGUGCAAUCUAUGAAUGUAGCACAUGAUUACGCGAAUUUUGUGUGUGUCUGUUCUUGAGAAGUAUUAUUGUGCGGCGCCUGGGUUUACUACAGUAAUGUGAGCAUUAUGGCUACUUGGAAAAUGAGUCUUUCGUGCUCUCUUCCGAGGCCUUGAAGAGCGUUUUUUGUCGCCCUAUUAGUACUGCAUUUGAAAAAAGCGAGAUUAUUUUUCUUAGGCACAACUCCAGUUGGUGAGUUAUUUCCGAGUGCACCGAUUGUAUAAUAAUGACGAUUUACUAUGGUCUUACUUCAUAAACAUGAACUUGUCAGGGUUUAAAACAGGCAUGCAGUUGUUCAAAAAGCGAAAGGGUUUCAGUUUAUGACGCAGCUUUUAGUUCGCUGCUGAAAUUAUCGGUGCACUAUGGUAUAAUCACAUUGGAAAACCGCACGUGUUAAUAAAACGUGUAAAUAUAUGAUGACUUUCACGAUAUGUAAAUAAAGAACAAAACUCAAUAUAAUGAAAUUAUAAUUGUUUAUAACGCAGCAAUUGUUUUUGGCUUGAGUACUAUUUUUGCCAUGCUUUCGUCCCCCUCCCCCCCUUAUUUUUUCAUUAACUUAAAGCGAUAGCAGUUUUUCAAACAUAAUGGGAACCCAUUCUGUGCAAGAUUAGGCAUUCAAUUGGUACUACGUGUUGCCUAUUGUGAAAACUGUUUGUGGAUUCGUUUAGUGUUUUUAUUUUACAUCUUACUUAAGGACCCAAAGCUUGAAGAACAAGCAUAUGCAGGAUCCCGAUCAAAACAGAUAUUAGCCUAGACAGCGCUGUGCAUGUUCCCAACUUGACAAGAAGCAAGCUUGCGCCGGCAGGCUUGAUACUACGUAUGUUCAUCAAUUGACUAUGGUUUUUUUUUUACGUAAGAAAACCCAGGACAAGUAUAGGUGGCCGCAAACUGUAUAUGGGAGUAAAUUGAAACGUUGAUUCAUUUUGCUCCCACAAUGUCAUGGUAAGAAUUUGCUUGAUUACAGGGAACUGCACAUGAACUCGACGUUACUUCGGCGGAGCCGCAAGCAAUAAAGUAUCAUUACUUAUAAACCGCGAGGGCCCGUGUGUGCGCGUAGCUUCAGCAUAAAUUGAAACGCGAACAACAAAUAAAACAGAUGAGAAUGCAUUUAAACAGAGAUUUCUUCAUACUACGCUCUGCCAUAGCGGCGCAUAUGGUUUAUCAACAUACUGGAGUUCGCAUGCUAUGUGUCAAAGUCUGGCUUACUCAUAUGUUACCAACUAUCCUGUAAAUUCUUACAUAAAAGCUCUGUGUAGUUGAUUUCUGCCAGUUCGCAUUUCAGCUUGCGUUGGUGGUACGUCGUGUUGCGCAUUUCUGUGCGACAAGACCGCAUUUUGUUGAAAGGCCAGAAAGCUGCGUUUAUUUAAAACAGCAAAUGCAUGUUAGAUAGGAGACCAUGUGGUUAUGUUUUGUAAUGUUUUGUAUGCAUCAGCUAGUCCUCUGUGCAUGUGUGCCAAGUGUGUCAUGCAGCUUGUGGGGGCCGGUAUUUGCCGUACUUGCUCAAUGUCCCACAACUCGGGAUGGCAUAUCUUCCAAGCACAUGAAUGCAAACAAAAAUGAAAAAAAAAGAAAGGUGCCGAAGGAAUAUUGAGAGGUCGAGUGAAAGGUGAGCUGAAAUUUCUAUCGUGUGUAAAUAAGCAGUACCUUUGUACCGAGAAUCUACCAAAGCUUUACGUGUUUCGUCGUGGGUCAGUUUCUUUUAUUUUUUGCCUUUGUAUCAAGUGGAGAAAAAAGAACAUGCGUGUCGGGACAUUUAUACCACGAUGUUAAUAAAGAACACUCACUAUUU